AGUCCUGGUGGUAGCACCCUGUGUGGCUGUGUGUGUGUGUGUGUGUCUCUCUCUCACACCUCUGGUUAAAGAGGCUUUAAAGAGGUCAGGGAGGGAGGGGGUCCUUAGGUGCUUCUGGGGCUACCAGGUGAUCCACGGCCAGAGGAGAGAUGAGCCGAGGAGGGAAGUCCAAGACGCCCGAGCACGUCCACAGCGUGCUACUGAGCAUCCAGGAGAACGAGAGGGUGGAGGACCUGCUGGGGAGGAGAUGUGUGACGCUGGCGACAGCUGUGGUUCAGCUGUACAUGGCCGUGCCCCAUUCACCCAACCAGUGGAGCCUGCAGCACACCGCCGUCGUGUGCUUCGUCAAGGACAACCCCAAGCGCUCCUACUACAUCCGUCUCUUUGACAUCAAGGAGGGGAAGCAGAUCUGGGAGCAGGAGCUGUAUGAGGAGAUGACCUACGCCAACCCUCUGACCUACUUCCACACCUUCCCAGCAGACGACUGCCAGGUGGGUCUGAAUUUUGCGAGUGACCAGGAGUCCGAGGCCUUCCGGGGAGCUGUGGAGGAGAAGAUCUGUCAGAGGGCAGAACGCCAAGAGAGGAGACAGCACAAUACAAGGAACGAUAAACGAGGCCUGCCGCCAGUGCCCCCUCCAAAUGCUCCAGGAUCCUCGCCAGCACCCAUGGCCAGCGUGGACGUCCCUGACAUGGCGCCAUCGCACUACCGGCCAAGCUCUGUGCUGUCCAGCAUCACCAGGAAGAAGGACAAGAAGAACAAGAAGAAAGGAGGCAAACUCAGCAAGGCUGACAUCGGCGCCCCUAGUGGAUUCAUGCAUGUGACACAUGUCGGAUGGGACCCAAAUAAAGGCUUUGAUAGCCAGAACCUGGACCCAGAUCUGAAGAAACUCUUUGCCAAGGCUGGCAUCAGUGACGACCAGCUGAUGGACGCAGAGACCUCCAAGCUGAUCUAUGACUUCAUCGAGCAGCACGGGGGGUUGGAUGGGGUCCGCAAUGAGAUGAGGAAACAAGAUGCAGACGGCUCUCGGGGCAGAUCUGACCCCCUGCCUCCGGUACCUGCCAGCGGCCGCUCUGGGGCUCCCGCACCCCCUCCCCCGCGUGGAGGCCACGUCCCACCUCCUCCCCCAGGUCAUCCUCCGCCAGGGCACGGCUCCCGCGGCCCGCCGCCUCCCUCCAGCCGCGGCCCGCUGCCCCCUCCUCCGCCCGCAGGCCGGCCGGGGCCCCCAGCCCGUCCCCCGCUCUCCUCCGCCCACGCGCCUCCUCCACCUCCUCACUCAGCGGGACCUCCGCCGCCUCCGCCGAUGGGUGGAGGACCCCCACCUCCACCUCCUCCUCCUCCUCCGCCCCCACCUGCGCCUGGCCCAGGGCCCAGCGUUCCUCGGAGCCCGUCUACUCCUCCUGCUCCUCCAUCCGGAGGAGGAGGAGGUGGCGGAGGUGGCAGAGGUGCCCUGCUGGACCAGAUUCGGUCGGGCAGGAAGCUAAAGAAUGUGUCAGACAGUCCAGACCCACACCCCGCGGCCGCCGCUCAGCCUGAGGAGGGAAUCGUGGGAGCUCUCAUGAUGGUGAUGCAGAAGAGGAGUAAAGCCAUCCACUCCUCAGGAGAUGAAGAGGAUGAUGCUGAUGACGAUGAUGAUGACGAAUGGGAUGAUUAAAUUUGUCCUGCAGGUUACAUGUCAAAGUCUUGCCUCACAAAAUGGUUGUCCCCAGAGUCUGGCUCAGUGAAAUCAUUGCACUGUCUUUUUGUAAAUAUAUCAUACCUUUGCAAACAUUUCAGAUCAUAUAGGCCUUAAAUUCUCAAUAUAUUCUACACUCAUGUACUAGGAAUGUUAACACCGUUUGUACGUACUGUAUGUUCUAGGAAAGUUGCACUGUUUGUUUGAUCAUGAAGCAAUACAAAAAAGCUUUUGAUUAACUUCAGAUAUGAACAUCAAUGUGUCAAUGUGGAUGCAUGCACAUAGAGAAUAAUAGCAAUAAAAAGUCCAACGUCG